AGCCACAACACAUUUUCUCUCUCUCCGUCUCUUUCUCUCUCUUUCAUCCAUUUUUUUUUUCUUCUCCUCUUUCAUCUUGCUCCAAAAAUGGCGAUGCUUCAUGGAUCUAUCUAUGUCUAAAUCCAUCAAUUCAUUUCCGGGUCACCCAAAAAAAACCGGUCAAUUCAAACGGGUUUCACCGGUUUAGAAACAAUUCCGAUCUGAUAAGAACACUGUUAACAGAUUAAAACCCAGAAGCAGAAACAUUUGUGGCACGAAGAUUCUGUUAUUUAUCUUAUUGAACCGUUAUUUGAACUGAAACUAAAGUUUUUUUGAUCAAUUUAGUGUUUGUGAUGGAUGGGGAUAAUGGUCUUAACAUACGUAAUUGGGGUUACUAUGAACCUGUUUCAUCAUUUAAGAGUCACUUAGGGUUGCAGCUGAUGUCGUCCAUGCCGGAAAAACCGUUGCUUGGAGGGCAUAAUGCUGCAGUUUUGUCGGGUGGUAAUGGUGCAUUUCACCAUAGAGAUAUUGGGUUACCUCAAACUACAUAUCCUAUGGAUUAUAUGAGGGAUGCAUGGAUUAGUAGUCAAAGGGAUAAUAAGUAUAUGAAUAUGAAUAUGAUACCUACAAAUCCGGGUUAUAGUGGUAUUCCAGAGACAUCUUCGGCUCAUCAUAUUCAAAUGAUUCAACCACCGGAAUUGUUGAAGGAAGAAAGGCCGACGGAGGAUGCAGCACCGCCUGUGGUUGAGAAGACAAAUGGAACUGGUAAGAAGAGGCAAGGACUGAAGGUGCCUAAAUCUCCGAAAGCAAAGAAGCCGAAAAGAGGACCACGUGAUCCAAAGGACGAGAAUACUCGUUCGGUUCCUCGAACACCAAGGGUUCCUAAGAAAACAACUGAAAUUGCGAUAAAUGGGAUUGAUUUGGAUAUUUCUAGUAUUCCAAUUCCUGUUUGUUCGUGCACCGGGACACCUCAACAGUGUUAUAGAUGGGGCUCGGGUGGAUGGCAGUCUGCAUGCUGUACAACGGCUAUAUCGAUAUAUCCUUUGCCUAUGAGUACUAAGCGGCGUGGUGCUAGAAUAGCCGGUAGGAAAAUGAGUAUAGGAGCAUUUAAGAAAGUUUUAGAGAAACUUGCAGCCGAGGGUUAUAACUUUUCUAAUCCAAUUGAUUUGAGGACUUAUUGGGCAAAACAUGGUACCAACAAGUUUGUCACUAUCAGGUAGGUCUACUCUCCAUUGUCAACUGGCCUCUUAUUUCGUUCAAUCGGUAUGUCAUGUAUAUAUAUGUGUAUUUGGCCAGAAAACUGAGGCUUCUUAGUUGGUUUGUAGUAGGAGAAUUUUCAAAGUCAUGAGACUUUUCCUUUUUCUUGUCUAACUCUCUUGAUGUUGUUUCUCUUCUUUGGAUUUAGUACAUGGAAAUUCAAUCUUUUGGUUGGUUGAUCUUGAUAGGUAAUUAACAAAACAAGAUCUUGUUUUAUUAAUCUUACGCUGGAAUUUUUAUGUGUUUAUAAAACUUCCGGUGAUGAAUGUGCUUCCGGUUCAUUUUUGCUUCCAAUGGAAUAUUCAAG